AUGCAAAAUUAUGCUGCAAUGCAUAAAUCUGGUGUCUCUAUGUCAAAGUCUGCUUCGUCAUUUAAUCUUGAAGAUAUGAAAGCUUUGAAUAUGAAAUUUGCUGGCUCAGAAGAUCAAACAGAUCAACACCCAUUACUUUCUUUUAAAAUUAAUGAACAUAAAGUCAAAGCUGUUCGAGAAUUCACUAUCACAUCAUUUGUUGACUAUGGUUGUGGUGAACUGCAGAUUGCUACAGAACUUUUGGCAGCUGCAUAUGAAAACCAUCAAAGGGAUGUUAUGGGAGAUCAAAUGCUUUUUGCUGUUUGGUUCAUUUGUUCUUAUUUCACAUUUUAUUGCUUUGAAGUCAGUAAUAAUCACUUUAGAGAAUUGGCUAUUGGUUUGCCAGCUAAUGAACAUAUUAUCAUGACACUCUGGUCAGGGAAAAAUACUAAGACUUCAG